AUGCAACCACAAUCCAAUGAACUUGUUGGUAAUUCCAACAUAUCCAGAAUCACUCUUCUUUCUCGAUUGAAAGAAUCAAUCGUUUGCGUUUUCUUUGAAAUCAAUCAAACUGAAUUUGAUUCAGAAAACCAAUUACCAAUCCAUCGUUAUAGUUUAAGAUACAAAAGUCUAUGCUAUAUUUUAAUACUCUCAGGGUCAGCUAUUUUGGCAAUAUUUUAUCAAAUUACGGGGUUUGGGCUAAUGUUACUUUUGGUAUGUAUUACAAGGUAUCAUACAGCUGUGUACGCCAUGCUGGUGCACGAUAUUUCAAGAUAUAUAAGAUUUGGCCAUUAA